AUGAAUACUACAACCUCUACUGUUGCAGCAGCUGUUGCCGAGCAGUUCCAGUCCUUGAACUCAUCCUCUUCGUGUUUCUUGAAGUUCCAUAUUCCUUCAAUUGAAACCCCAUUCGGUAUUGAAUUAUGGCCAAUUUUCUCCAAGGUGUUUGAAUACUUCAGUGGUUAUCCAGCUGAGCAAUUUGAGUUUGUUCAUGAAAAGACUUUCUUGGCUAAUGGGUAUCAUGCUGUUGGUAUUAUUAUCAUUUAUUACAUUAUCAUCUUUGGUGGUCAAGCCAUCUUGCGUACUUUGAACGCAUCGCCAUUAAAGUUCAAGUUGCUCUUUGAGAUGCAUAACUUGUUUUUGACCUCUGUUUCUCUAAUCUUAUGGUUGUUGAUGUUGGAACAGUUAAUUCCUAUGGUUUAUCACAAUGGUCUAUUCUGGUCAAUUUGCUCCAAGGAAGCCUUUGCACCAAAAUUGGUUACCCUUUACUAUUUGAACUAUUUGACCAAAUUUGUAGAAUUGAUCGACACCGUGUUCUUAGUUUUCAGAAGAAAGAAGCUGUUGUUCUUGCACACUUACCACCAUGGCGCCACUGCUUUGUUAUGCUACACUCAAUUAAUUGGUCGUACUUCUGUUGAAUGGGUAGUCAUCCUAUUAAACUUAGGUGUUCAUGUUAUCAUGUACUGGUAUUAUUUCUUGAGUUCAUGUGGUAUCAGAGUCUGGUGGAAGCAAUGGGUCACCAGAUUCCAAAUCAUUCAAUUUUUGAUUGACCUAGUUUUUGUUUACUUUGCUACCUAUACGUUCUACGCUCACAAAUACUUGGAUGGUAUUUUACCAAACAAGGGUACUUGUUAUGGCACUCAGGCUGCUGCCGCUUACGGUUAUUUGAUCCUAACUUCUUAUUUGCUUUUAUUCAUUUCCUUCUACAUCCAAUCUUACAAGAAAGGUGGAAAGAAGACAGCUAAAAAAGAAUCUGAAGUUUCUGUUUCUGUUGGAUCCGGUUCUUCUUCUGAUGUCAAAAUCUCUAUCACCAAGGUCUCUUCUAGGAAAGCCUAA